AAUGAAAAUUUUUGGUCAAAUAAAAAUAGAGAAAAAUUAAAAUUAAAGUAGACAGCACAACAAUCUUCAAUCAGCACAGGAAAUUGGGUGUCUUGUGUUGCUAAGGAUGAUCUCUCCUUCCUCUGUUCUCUCUUCUUUUCUCUGUACUCGUCCAAAACCUUUGUCUGCAACUUCACUGAUCUUCAAAAAACACACAAUCAAUUCCGAGACAGAGAGACAUGGUAGGAUGCCAGAACAUAUUGAUAAAGAAGAGAAAGACUGAUUGGCUUAGUACGCUAUUGGAUAGCAGUUUCUUUGAUUCAUGUGUUGAUCACCAAGAUCAUCGCAAAAACGAGAAAAAUGUAUUCUGUAUCGACUGUAAUAUCGGAUUUUGUAAGCAUUGUAUGACGGCUCAUUGUCGCCACCGCCGCCUUCAGAUCUGCAAGUAUGUUUAUCAUGAUGUGGUUCGCCUUCACGACAUGCAGAAACAUCUCGAUUGUUCCAAAAUUCAGACAUACAAAAUAAACGGUGAAAAAGCUGUCCACUUGAAUCCUCGUCCGCGACUAAAAGAUGCUAAAGCGUCAACAAAAGCGAAGACUAGUGCGUCCUGUGAAGCUUGUGGUAGAUACAUACAAGAUAUCCCUAAUCGCUUCUGCUCAAUUGCAUGCAAGGUCUCUGUUGCUUCAGCUAAUUCAAACGAUGGAAGCCAAAACAGUAUGAUCAACUUCUCAUUGUCUGAUUUCUCAUGGAAUCAAAAUUACCAAUCUGAAAGAGCAAGUGUGGAUGAGUUUUCCCAAUCUUGUGAAGAAUUUUCCGAGGAAAGUAGUAGUAAGCCAAACAAGAACAAGUUGCACAAGAGGAAAGGUGUCCCUCGAAGAGCUCCUCUCUCUUAACUCCAAACAAUAUACCACACCCUUUUUAAUUUAUUAUUAUUAUUUAUUUAUUUUUUAAAUUAAAAUAUUCGAUAUUAUUAUUGUUAUUAGUGAGUCAUAUUGGGUAUUCAUUGAAUUAAACAAAAAUGGUUUGUCAAUAAUAAUAAUAUAAGAGAAGAAAAAUUAAAAGUCGGGUUUGUUGAGCAAAGGUUGGAGCCCACAGUGUGUUUUUUUUUAUGAGUAGAGCAAAUUCUAGUGGAGUAUGUAGAGCAUUUAAUUAAUA